CCUGUGCCGUGUUAUAUGCGGCGGUUCCCCAGCCGCCCUGCCCCAGAGGCGGCUGCAUGUGGCGCCGCUCCACUGUCUCCCUUCUCUCCGUCCCAGGAUGACCAGCUGCUAGACGACAGCAAGACACUGGGAGAUUGCGGCUUCACCAGCCAGACGGCGCGGCCCCAGGCCCCGGCCACGGUGGGCCUGGCUUUCCGAGCCGGGGAUGACUCCUUCGAGGCUCUCCGCAUCGACCCCUUCUCCAGCCCCCCGGAGCUCCCCGACGUCAUGAAACCCCAAGACUCCAGCAGCAGCGCGAACGAACAGGCCGUGCAGUGAGAUCUGGGGGAGGGCGCAGUGACCCACCCCGCCCCCACAGGAUGUCUCCCCCGGCCCCCCAACACACAGCCCUUGCUUCCCCGACUGGGAUCAAACCCCCUCCACCAGCCCCCCCGAAAUCCACCUUCUCUUCGGUUUGGAGACAAUAAAGGUUUGGCUGGUUUUGUGUUA